CUAAAUGGAAAACUGCUUUUCUUUCAGUAUCAAUCGAACCGUGUCCUACGCAGCCACAAAGCUAAGCAGACGUCGGUAGUGUGGUAUGCUCGACUCGGGUAGAGUAUAUUGACCGCGUUCAAGUUUGAGCUACGCUACUACAAAGUGAACGAGCGGUGAUUGAUCCAUUCGAAGAGAUCGUGUGACGGGCAGUGACGUUGUGUGACACGGUAUACUAGUGCUGUAUUUGAAGUUUUGAGUGCAGUUGAAAAUUGGAUUUUCCGGAAUGCCGAAGCGGAAAAGAAGCCAAUCGCCUAAUUUGGAUUUAUUAGAAGAUGGCUUCGAUGAUGAACUGGAUUCAAAUGACGACAAACCUGGCACUCCGAUCCAGCGAAAUGCAGCCAACGCACGGGAACGAGCCCGGAUGCGAGUGCUCUCCAAGGCAUUCUUCAACCUGAAACGAAACAUCCCGUGGGUACCGGCGGACACCAAACUCUCCAAACUGGACACACUGCGACUAGCUAAAAACUAUAUCAGCUACCUGGCGGCCACUCUGGACGGUCAAUCCGUGGAGGACUUCUCCACCAACCUGGCACAACCGGCCAAAACGGCCUGGCCGUUCAUAUUCCAACCGGUGCAACCGCACGAACCUACUCCCAAAACGAAACUAGCUUCCGCCAGCAAUCACGAAAAGUGGUCCAGCAUCCGCACCAGCGGCGGCAACGGGCCGCCCUCCAACGAAAACAACCAUAUCAAAUCUCAGACUUUCUCGCCUUCGUCGACAAACGCAACAUCUGCGACGACGAUGACGACGACGGCCGCUGGCAGAUCCUUUUCCACGAUCGAAUCACUACCGUUGGGUAUGGAUCGACACCAGCCUCCACAUCUGCAGAGUCACCAGCAUCAGCCGUCGUCGGUAAUACAUGUGUCGUCGCAGCAUAAUAAUCUGCAUUCGCACCAUCAGCUUCAUCAUCAUCACCAUUUGGCAACGGCCGGGACAACCGGGAUGGAUACCAGUAAUCGCAUUCACAGCUUCCAUCAUCAUCACAUGGCUCUGGGCAGUGAUUGAAAGAUUGGUUCUGCUGAAUUUUCUACGCCACACGAUCGUACUUUAGGUUAGAAUUAUGUCAUUAUUUGUUUAAUUUCCACAAUAAAAGUAUUAAUUGAUGUGUAUUAUAAUAUAAAGGUUCAAUGAAACACAU